AUGUCGCAGACGCCGCGAAGUACUGUUGGGACGGCCAAGUCCUGGAACAGUCGUUAUACUGGCUAUACAGGAGACUCUUAUGACCUACAACAACCACCACCAUUAGAAGAAGUUGAACAGGCUCGACUUCGACCGGUCACGAAUGAUGAAUUUCCCUGGCUCUCGGGAGAGUUUGAACCUAUCAAGACCCAGAAUACAAGAACCAGAAGCCCUCCACAAUGGUAUCGAGAAGGACAAGCUGCCAACCAGCGUGGCCUCUCUCAACGCUCUCAACGGAGCAUCCCUAGAGAAAGCAUCGUCGACCUCCACCUAAUCGUCUCAGACCUCGACUACUACGCCGGUGCCGUCCACGAUUACCAAGUCGCCGAAGAGGAAGCAUUCGAAGAGGAAGAGGACUGGGACGACGAACAACAUGUCGGCGAAGGUUGCAAGCCUGAGCAACAAGGUGGGCGUCCAUCACUCACCCGCGGUACCUCGAACAACAUGGGCAGAAACGGUACUCUCAAGCGUGGUCCAUCGACGAAAUCAACGAAAGAGAAAGAUCUCAACCUCGUCACCUGGGAUGGUCCUGACGAUCCAGCCAAUCCCAAGAACUGGGCGAAUCGGAGAAGAUGGCUCGCAACCAUUACAGUCUCCCUCUUCACCUUCAUCGCCCCCGUCUCCAGCUCCAUGAUCGCCCCAGGCCUACGAAACGUCCAAGCCGAUCUCCACAUUCAAUCCGACCUGGAAGUCGAAAUGGGCAUGUCAAUCUUCAUCCUUGGUUUCGCAAUCGGUCCUCUCUUCCUCGGUCCCCUCUCAGAGCUCUUCGGCCGCAGCGUCGUCCUCCAGCUCAGCAACCUCUUCUACAUGAUCUUCAACCUCGCCGGCGGCUUCUCCCGUAACUCCGGCGAACUUAUCGCCUUCCGCUUCCUCUCCGGUCUAGGCGGAAGCGCUCCCUUGGGUGUCGGCGGAGGAGUCCUAGCAGACCUCUGGCUUCCGACUGAAAGAGGUCGCGCCAUGGCCCUCUACUCCCUCAUGCCCCUCCUCGGUCCCGCGAUAGGUCCCAUCGCAGGAGGCUUCAUCGCUGAGUACUCCACCUGGCGCUGGGUCUUCUGGUCCACGUCCAUCGCCGCGGCAUUCAUCCAAGUCCUGGGGAUGUUCUUCCUACAGGAAACUUACGCAGCCGCCAUCCUAGCGAAGAAAAAGAAACUCCUCAUCAAAAUCACCGGGAACAAAGACCUCCACACGGAAUUCGAUAACCCAUCCCGAACGUUCCUGAACCACUGCAGCGUGGCCUUUAAACGGCCCUUCAUUCUCCUCUUCACCCAACCCAUCGUCCAAGUCCUCAGCCUCUACAUCUUCUACGUCUACGGCGUCCUCUACCUCGUCCUCGCCUCAUUCCCACGAGUCUGGGCACAGGUCUACGGCCAAACGAAUAAAGGCAUCGCCGGGUUGAACUACAUCUCUCUAGGUCUAGGCUUCUUCAUCGGAACCCAAAUCGCCGCCAAGUUCGCGGAUAAAAUCUACAAAAGCCUCAUGGCCAAGAACAACGAUACUGGAAGGUCGGAGUUCCGGGUACCGCUAAUGUUUCCCGGGGCGGUGAUGGUCCCGGUCGGCUUGUUCAUCUACGGAUGGACUGCACAGUACCAUACCCACUGGAUUGGACCGAACAUUGGGACGGCGAUUUUCGCGGCGGGGAAUCAACUUGUGUUUCAGAAUUGUCAGACGUACCUCGUGGACAGUUAUACUCGCUACGCUGCAUCUGCUAUCGCGGCGACGGCGGUCUUCAGGUCCUUGGGUGGAUUUGCGUUCCCGCUGUUCGCGCCGUACAUGUACAAUGCAUUAGGCUAUGGAUGGGGAAAUACAACACUGGGAUUCGUCGGUGUGGCAGUAGGAUUCCCGAGUCCGUUGAUUCUGUGGUGGUACGGGGAGAGGUUGAGGAAGAAGUCGACUUUUGCUGCUGGCUGA